GAGUUAUGAAGCGGCUUCCCGGCACGAAGCGAAAAUAGGCAGAUACACUUUGUUUAUUGAAUACUCCAAUAUAAUAACACUCGCGAAUGUCUUCCAACUAACUUAAUGCGAUCAUUAACCACAAAACACCACUUCGUAUUAAUUAUUUAGAUUACUCAAUGAAGAAAGCAACUGUCCCGUUCCCGUUUCCCGCCGAAAAGCCUUUCAGUUCUGAAUUUUGACAAGUACGUUUUUUUUUACUAUGAAUUGUGUAUUCAACCGAGGUAGUGCGUUGCACAAGGUUGUUAGUCGCUUUAUUCAAGGACCGGUGGUAGUUUUAAAUAAAAACUUCAAGAUGGGAAGUUCGUAUUCAAGAUCAUAUUCUCCCAAUGAUACCCAACAAUGCAAGGGUGUUAGUGAAUCUCGUACAAUUGGCACAAUAUCCCGAAUGGAAUCAACAAGCAAUUAUAUUGAAGCUGUUGUUUGUAACCAAAAUGAUCUUCAAGAUAAUGAGAUGAAGGUCUUUGAUAUUGGUGAAGAUGGCAAAGUGUUGGUUGUGAAGCAGAAAGGACAAUUUAACGCUGUAGGAACAAAGUGUACCCACUAUGGUGCUCCACUGGUGAAUGGUGCCUUAGGAGACGGAAGGGUGAGGUGUCCCUGGCAUGGUGCAUGCUUCAAUCUGAAGACAGGAGACAUAGAAGACUUCCCAGGGUUUGACUCUUUGCCAUGCUAUCAAGUCACUGUCACAGAGAAGGGAGAAGUGAAGGUCCGAGCAAAGAUCAGCGAUCUCAAGUCAAACGUCCGCAUCAAGGAGAUGGGCGUGGCGUCGCCGUCGGACACCAGCACCGUGGUGGUGGUGGGCGGCGGACCCUCGGGCGCCACCUGCGCCGAGACACUGCGCAGCGAGGGUUUCACGGGACGCAUCGUCGUCCUCGCCAAGGAACCCUACUUACCCUACGACAGAAUCAAAGUCUCCAAAAUAGGCACCGCUACCGACAUCGAGAAACUACAAGCCCGAUCCGCCGAAUACUACCACAACAACAACAUCGAGAUCCUAACAGGAGUAGAAGCGACCAAAGUGGACACGAAGGAGAAAGUCGUCUGUCUGAGCAACGGCAAGAAAAUUAACUUCACAGCGCUGUACCUUGCGACCGGAUCCAAACCGCGCGUACCAGACAUCCCCAAUGUGGAUCUCAAGAACAUAUUUACCGUGAGAAACUUUGAGGAUUCCAAGAACAUUCUGAGCACGCUCGGAGAGAACAACGACAAGGACGUGGUCGUCCUCGGCCUCAGCUUCAUCGGCCUGGAAGCCGCCGCCUCGUCCUGUGCGAAAGCCAAGUCUAUGACUGUAGUCGGCACAGACACCGCCCCUCUCGGACAGAUAUUCGGAAGUGAAAUUGGCAAUCGUCUACGAAAGCUCUUCGAGGAGAAGGGAGUAAAGUUCCAUUUCAGUACGACAAUAAAGAAGUGUAUCGGGGAAAAAGGCGUGAUAAAGUCCGUUGAACUCGCCAAUGGAACCACACUGCCCGCGGACAUGCUCAUAUUGGGCGUGGGAACCACCUUCUACACAGACUUCCUGGAAGAUAGUGGUAUAGCGCUGCAACCGAACGGUGCGGUUACCGUCAACGAUAAGCUGGAAACCAACGUGCCCCACGUGUACGCGGGCGGCGACAUCGCAUACGCGCCCGUUUUUGCCGCCGGCAAUAAACAAAUGAGUAUAGGACAUGUCGGGCUCUCGCAGUACCACGGGAGAGUCGCAGCACUUAAUAUUCUUAAGAAAGAAACUGUACUGAAAACUGUUCCGUUCUUCUGGACGAUGGUGUUCGGCAAGUCCAUUCGGUACGCGGGCUGCGGCAAGCCCGCUAGCACGCAAGUUGUAGGAGACAUUGAAGAAUUGAAGUUCGUAAUAUUCUUCUUUGAUGAGAAGGACAAAGUGAUUGCGGUGGCGUCAUGCAUGCGGGACCCCGUUGUGUCUCAGUUCGCGGAGCUGCUGCACCAAGGAAAGACGCUCAGUAAGAAAGAUUUGAAAGACGACCCCUUUGCUUGGACGCAGCACAUCAACUAACAAUACCAAUUUUACAUUUAUUUCGACUAUAAGCCAAGUGUCAAACUUGCCAUCAAAUGUAUUAUCUUCUUUCCAGCUUGAUGUGGAACGAAUCAUUUCAGGGUAAUGUUGUUGAAACACUGAAACAGUAUUUAAAAUAAUUCGAAUAUUUUUAUAAUCUACAGUACUUAUCUAGUUAAAGUUUGGUCCAACUAUAUUUUGUUAUUUACGGUAUCAAAUGUUUUUAAGGGUAACCAGAAAAUGUGUAUUUAAGUAUACAUUGGUGCUGAUUCCAGUACACACUGUCUUAAGUUUAUUUUAAGUUAUACCUGUCAUUUUCUGAUCCGUCGAAAAGGAAAGAGACGGGUAAUCGACAGGCAUAAAAUUUAUGGAACACAUCCAUUUUAGACAGAAAUUUAAAAAACCUUUCCAAUAUUUUAUAUUGGUCAAUAUUCUAUUUUCUUGUUUGUGGCUGCAUCGUUCAGAAACGAUUAUUCUGCCAUAUUGGCCAAUAACCCGACAGAAUUACGUCGACAGCACACGUCAAACGGAUUGCAUAUGAGCGACAUGCCCAUUUUAAUCGCCCGGGUUAUUCAUUCAUUUCAAACAGUUGUCAAUCAUCCGACCCUUUCCUAUUCGGCGGAUAAGAAAAUGACAGGUAUAACUUAAAAUAAAAUUAGGAUGUGUCUGCCGGAAUCGGCGCCAUUAUAAAGUGCUUUUAAAGAGGCUUGCCUCUUACCAUUUUAGAUUAUAAUAAUCUAUAAGAAAUAGAUAAUAAAUUAAAAAAUAUAUCCAUUUCUCGAUGUAUAACUAAGAAGAUAAUUAUGUUUGGCAAUACAUUGUUUAAGUACAUUUGAAAUGUAGAAGUUUUUAUGAUUUAUCUGUGAUUUAUAAAUAUCAGUCUUAUGACUAUAAACUGUAAUGCAAAGUAUAUGCCACUGUUACAAAAAUACUAUGUUCCUUUGCUUCUGCUUUUAUACAAUAAACAUCACAAUAUUUAAGUUAAGAAUAAAUAAUUGUUUCAACAAAUAUGUACAAUUGCAGUGUCAUUUUAAUAUUUUCUAUUGUUAACAUUCUGCUGGAGCUGUUUUAUUAUAUUUAGUUUGUUGUUAAUAAAUAAAAAAUAUUAAAAAAGUAAAAAAUGUGUUUAAAUUGUAUCAGCUCUAAAUAAAAAGACACAAACUAAACACACACAUAAAUCUAAUGCCCUUAAUCUCCCUAACAGGGUUUCAAGAGCAACGUUUAGAAGAUAAACAGCAAUAAAGACAAUAAACUAACAAGAAUUCUGUAUUAUACAUAUAUAAAACAUAAACUUCAUGCCUGUAUGUAGCAGUAUCUAAUGGGGUGGGCAGACACAAGUAGUAAGAAGAUAACUUGCAACCAUGGGACCAAUAGUCCGAUACACCAGUCAUGUAGACAUGGUACAUGACACACACAAACAAUUAUUUAUGUAAAUGUUUCA